CUUAACUUACUAUCUUCAAGUGAUGGCAUCUUUGAACUAAUUAAACUUCUUUCAUCUCGGCUGAAAAUCAGUCCGAGGCGAUGCUUUGAAUUAUACUUGCAAGUCAAGGAUGAGGCGGACGUUGAAAAUGGGAUUUUGCAAGUUUUUUACCAUUACAAGGCUUAUGAACUUCUCAUACUACGAGAGCUAUUUUUAUGCCGAAAUAGUGCUAACUGUUGUAAAGAGUUUCGUCAGUUUUGCUCUGAUUUUACGGACAAGUUACUUCGAGAUAAUCUCCUGAGCAAACUUUUAUCUUCUUGCGAACUCUUACUCGACAGAGGGGAAGAAUUUCGCGAAAGAGAGAGGGCUUGGGUGUUUACUCAAGCCCUGUAUACCACAUCUUGUGUGUUUCUGUGCGUCCACUAUUGCACCGGAAAAAAUUUGGAAGUGAUUUCAAAUAUCGGAGUUAUUGAAAGAAUUGUUGGUGUUUUUAAGAAAGCUUCUUUACAAGCUGGCACUGAGUUUCGACUUCUUACUGUUCUUCUUCAUUGUUUAGUUCAAUGUUUACUCAUCCUUGGAGAUAAUAAUCUUAAACACGCGACCUCUCUUGCUAGAAAUUUGCUUACUAUUAACGAAUGGGUUGACGUAGAAUUUCACUCUGUUAUAAAAGUAAUCUGUUACUUAUUAGUUACUAAUGAUGAGAAAUCUAGAACAUCACUUAGUGAUGCAGAUCACUACGCCUUCCUCUCGUUCGUUCGCAAAAAAGUCAUAGCAGAACUGAGUUGUAGGAAAAGGUAUCCCCUUACCAUCUCCGAUGAUAAUCCGUUUUUUGUCACGGUUUUGCUGAGUCUUUUGAAGAAAUAUUAUACCUCUUUCCAGCAUAUAAUGAAACUGCGAGAAGAGGACGCCGGUCGCAAUAGAGGCCAGCCCCUCCUUUACUACUCUUUUAUUAAAACGUUGAGCUCUUUGUAUCGUUGUUUUCCGGACGCUGCUGAGCUUCUCUUCCCCUGCGAUAUAGUGGGCCAUGACGGCUCAUUUGACAUUGUGGAUCUGCUUCGAUUCGACAUCACUUCUCACUCUAUGUUGAGGGCUUAUCUUAAACUUUUUGAGGCUUUGGCCCGUAAUAAAUGUGCUGCAGAGCGCCUUUUUGAACUGCUCAACUGCCACGCUGAUGUCUACCGAUUUCUUUCUUGGGAUAAAUUUAAACACCACCUCUUUUAUUAUGGGGUGGAGGCCCCUCGCCUUUACUCCGCUGGGGAGGGACAGCCGUUGCAGCGGGCUAUUGAUCCCGAGGAAGCUAAGUGUCUCAAGGCCAUCCUCCGCCUCAUUGGCACCGUGGGGCGUCACUCGAGCGGACUUGUCGAGCACUUCUUUGAGUGCGUGCCGUGGAUAUUCUCUUUGCUGAAAAUGAAUGUUCCGCACGAACUGAAAGCGGAAUUGUUUUUAGCUAUUGCGUCUCUUACCACUGACCAGAACGCGUCCAUCGUGGGAGGCCUCUUUCAGGACACCGUCGUUUUGGAAGGGCUUAAAUACGAAGUGGAAACCGUAUUGGCGAAGGAUCAGCAAUACGACGAGCUAAUUGGUUUCUUGGAGUUUUUCCUAGCGGUUUGUCGUCACAACAACCGCCACUGGGCCCCUCUUAAUCCUUAUCUCUGUUUUCUGCUGGAACUCCUAUUUCCUCGGUCCAAUGGUCGUUUGUACUGUGUUUCACAUGAAAGGUGGAAGCUCAACUUGUUAAUGUUGAGAAUACUCGAGCAGAUUUUAUUGGACUAUACCCCUUCAGAAACAGACUUUGCUGACCACAGAAACGGACAACCAAGUGCUGGUUGCGUUGUUCUGAUCGAGCUACUCAGCGCAGAUCGUGAACAUUUUAGCACUCAACUGUUCUCCAUACUUGAAGAGGCAUCUGUAGAAGUACUGCAUGACCUCAAUUGGAGGCUCUUCUCCUCGGCAAGUCCUCUCGAUGAAAAACAGGUCCAAGUGAGUACCGCCAUGGAAACGUGUGUGCUCGUGUUGUUGAUGGUCGUGAACCGAAUAUUCGAGAUACAGUCCGCCUUUCUUCGCUAUUUCCGUGAUGACCCGCACACUCACUUCUCCUUGGUGCCGGUGGAAGAAAAACUAUUGACCAAAAAUAAGCUUUCAGCGCCGAAUUCUGUGAAUUUUGUUUCUCUGGUCGCCACGCUCCUUAAUUACGACUUAAAUUUGGAAAUAUGCUCGCAGUCUUUGAAGUUUCUCGACUUCUGCUGCCGGUCGCCCCGAUUUUCUAGCUCAGUUGUCCCCUUCAUUCAGCAAACCCCCAGCUCGCGGAGCACACUUACCAAAGGAUUGGUUAAAAAAAUGAUGGUGUAUGCGCCGCAACCUUCUUAUAGCGACCAAUGGAGCUCGGUGAGCGGUAAAAGUGCUCUUCGGGAAGCCAUUGUUGGGUUGGUGCUUUACAACCUUCGCGAGUUGGCAGCCCCUAACAUGGCCCACUUUUUACUUGGCUUCCGUCUAGACUCUCUCCGUGAUACUGACCUUUCAAGGAAAGAGAGCUCUUUGCUCCAUGCUCUUCUUACCGUAAUGGAAGAUUCCUUACACAACGAAGGGGAGCAGUACUAUUCCUGCCACCCUCGCCUCGUCGAGUUGUGUUAUGAGUCGAUUUACUUUCUAAUGACGAGUUCCUGCACCAGCGAGCCCACCAUUCAGUAUCUGAGAAACUCCAACAACGACUUUUUUUGUCAUCACCUGAAGCACUUAUUGUUAUUUUCCUCGUGGGAAGAGCAGCAGCAGCAACAUCAUUGGCUUGCUUGUUCCAAGCCGAAUGACUCGGCACCGUGUGAUUCGACCUCAUCUUCCAACAUUUGUGCGAAGUGCCAUGAAAAGCUUGCCAACGACCACAUUUCCCACCUAAACCGUUUACCUUUACAUGACCAAUGCUGUCGAUGCAAUUUAUGCAGCAGCCUUUCAGAAGGCAAGCUUUUUUGUGAAGGUUGUCUUUUUGACGAGAAGAAGAUAUCACUAUUUCGUAUUCAAGGCUGGUUUAUGAGGUGUCUGGCUUAUGAACUUCGUCUUCUUUGUAGCCGCUUCGAACCGGAACGCUGGAUCAGCAAAAAGCUUUUGUCCAUGUUGUUUACGCGCACGUGCACCGCACAAUAUUCAGAGUUACCACUGCUUUCCGAGAAGUUUGGUGUUCUCGCCCCCUUCCAUAUGGAUAGCAAUUGGGAUCCGUUUACUUUCCCGUUGCAAAAGUCCAAACUGCUCGAUCUUUUAAGCGCUAUACUAAGCUACCAAGAAGAAGUGCGCCACGUAAAGAAGGCAGUAGCCAGCUUGACACGCACCACUUUCAACGACGCGGUCUAUCCGUCGACGAACUGCUGCGAGCGGCUAGAAAAGUUGACAACCAAAAGUUUUCGGAAGACUUGUAUAUACGACGUGCCGGCCAUAAGGCGACAGUGUAACCGGAUUAUGGAGGAAAUGCUCAAAAGUAAAGAGGAAGUUUUGAAAGACCAGCACAUGCCUGCGGAACAAAUCACCGAAAAGCUCCGCCAUUUUUCUCAUGUCAAGGAGUUUGAAAUUCAUGAGCUUGUGAGUGGAUACAGUUUGGCCAAUUAUAAGCUCGAAUUAAAAAGUGCGCAGGAACUACUUUUUUGUUCGUGGAAGGAAGUCGUGGUUGUGGGCAUUCGGUUUCUGCACUUUUUAGCGGAUCGGGACAAUGUAGGGGCUCUCUACGAGUUCCUCCAUGGCGUUCUCCUUCACAUCCGCAGCUCUCCGAUUGGAUCAUUUUCCACUGCGCUUUCCUCUAUUGUACUGCGUUCUUCCAACAAAUUAAGAGAACUCCAUACACGAACGCCGUUCGAGAGACUGUCCGACUUAUUUACUGCGACCGUGGACUGCAUUUGUUCCACUUCUACGGAUUCCCGUGACUCUCAAAAAACGCGGUUUUACUUGUACAGUAGUCUGCUUGUUUAUCUACGCAUGCCAGGCGAUCAUCAUCCUUCGAUCCAUGAGCUGUUGAAAGGCGUUGACCUGAAAGCACUCCUGCCAUUGGUAAUAGCAGACUCUCUGAAGGGCAACAUGACCACUGUGGCCAUUACCCUCCGCUUCUUGGACGCUUUACUACAAGCUGAGGGCGAACAAGCCAUCGGUGAGCCCGGCGCUACUGCUUCGCCUUGCUUAAAGUUUUUAGCGGACCGUGGGGCUAUUAGCCAACUUGUCCAUUCAUUGGAUCUCGAAGACAACUUGACUUGCGACACUCUAGUGAAGAGUUCGGAGUCUGUGAAUGCAUUAGCUGUACUCGAAGGAAAGCUCUCCUUUUUAACAAGUGUAGCACAAAGUGUGCGAGGCGCGCACGCUUUACUUCACUCUGGGAUCAUUGGCCGUCUCUCUCCUUCUUUCUUGUUCGGCAAUACUUCCGGCCCAGCUUUUGGGGACACCGCCCACGCAGAGAACCCUCACAGCCGGGUUUGCACUCAAGUCUUCCGCUUGCUUAGCACCAUCCAGACCACUCUGAGCACCAGAAACCAUGAAGUUUGCCAUGCUAUUGGAUCAUUCGUCAGAAAAAAGUAUCAAGACAUCAUUCGGACGUUAAAGGAGUUUUCAGAGACCAACCUUACCCCCUUGUACCAGAUUAGCCUGCUGACGGGGCUCUUGUACUAUGCUGUGCUGGCCCAGUGCGAAGGGAUGGUCGGAUUAAUGGAGUGCGAGGAGAUAGCCGGCCUUUUAACUUCCCUUGCAGAGAAUAUCUGCAUUAACGCCGCGCGCUCUUUAUCUACUGAACGAAUGAGACCUCAUGAACUUCAAAAAUCAUCCAAUUACUGCUGGGCUGCCCUUGACAAAAAAUCUUUAUCUUUUUUACAAACCCACAUUCUGGCCAAUGUACUUUCGUUCUGCCGGGCGCAGUUCCAAGUGGCACACGAACGCGGCAAGCCAACGCCCCUGUUCACUCCCACAUUGAAACAUGCGUUGAACUUUACUGAAGCAGCGGCAUACGAUGAAAAAAACGGCAUGUGCCCACUUUCAGUGGUGGCAUUGUGCCUGCGGCUUUCUGUGCACAGCUUAAAGUCCCGCGUGCUCCCCGCCAACCCUGCCUACCAGGAGCCCGCCCUUUUUGCCCACUGCACUAUGGAGCUUCUGAUAUACAUUGUUGAGCACUCUCUUAGCAUUGUGUGGAUGCACCUGCGCUUCUUUAUCGAGGAGGCAGCUGCCACCCACGCUGACUGCAUGCCCGAGACUUUUUCGGCAAGAGUUGGCCCAGUAAAGUUGAGCGAGUUGAGGCUCAUUAAAGCUAUCGACCGAAGCAAACUUGCGCACGAGGCCAACGCUUGUUUUGGCGCAGUCCUCAGGGACUUUGAGCAAAUAAGCGAGGCAUUGCACUCCUCGGCAGAAAGCGACUCAACCGUUAAUAUUACUUUUUCGAUGGAUCUUUGCAAGAAAAUUUUAAGUUUAAUUCCCAGUGAAAAAAAAGUUGUUUUUUAG